AUGCAGAUGGUGCUGGAGGAACGGGACCUAUGGGAGGUCGUCAGCGGUGAGAUCAAGGCGGAACAGUGCGAGACUCAGUUGGACCAAGCGACGUACAAGAGGAAGUCAAGAAAGGCGAUGGCAGUGAUCUGUCUAGCCAUGGAAGAUUCCCAGCUACCGUUGGUCCGGUCGGCAAGUGGUGCAUGCGACGCAUGGUCAAGGUUGGAAGACCACUUCGAGAAGAAGAGUCUUGCCAACAAGCUGUUCUUGCGCCGUCGCUUCUUCACGACAAUGAUGGAAGAAGGCGACGAUGUGCUCGAACACAUCAACAAGCUCAAGACGCUGGCGGAACAGCUAGAAGCGGUGGGGGCUCCAGUCUGCGAGGACGAUCUGGUGAUCACACUCCUCGGCAGCCUGAGUGACUCGUAUCAAUUCUUGAUCACAGCUUUGGAGUCGCGCUCAGACACUCUUAGCUGGGAGCUCGUGACGUCUCGACUGCUUCAUGAAGAAAUGAAGCGGAAGGAGCAAGGAAGUAAAGGUGAUGAAGCUUCGCAAGGUCAAGCGUUCAUCACAAGGGACAAUCAGCGCAAAGGGCGACCAGUGAAGAAGUCCUGGCCGUGCCACAAUUGCGGAAAGAUUGGUCACUGGAUGGCGGAGUGCCCCUCGCGCAUCCAAGAAAACACGGAGAGACACCGGCCACAGCGUGCUCAAGACAGCGGCGACCGCUAUCGAUCACAACGUGCAAACGUCGCUCAAGAAGAAGACUCGGGCGACUACCUCUUUUCGAUCGGUGAAACGACAUCUGCGAAAUCGAGCGACAUCUGGCUGGUCGACUCGGGGCGACGCAGCACAUGA